CGUCGCCUGUGUAAUCGUCAUCAUCCAGCGACGAUAUAGUGCUUCCUUCCUUCCACAUACAAAAUAAAAGUCCCCCGGAAAGUCCAGUCUCAGACUGUCAACAGCUCCCGCGUCGUGCGUGCGCGAAGCUCAGCGAUGCCGAAGUUCUCCGACAUUAAGUUUCCCGGAGAAUGCGCGACCCUUCCCGACGGCUUCUGGUCGGCGGUGGACGUGUGGGCGAAGAAGCCUCACGUCGUCAACAAGCGCCUCUGCGGGGCCAAAGAGACGCAGGGUAAAGACGCCGUGGACGGUGACGGCGACGGCGCGCGGUUCCUGUCGGACGCUCCCGCUGCCGAGCUCCCCGGGGAAGUGUUGUCCUUCUUGACCGGCAAGGUUUCGUCCGCGCGGGCACACGGAGAGGACAGACCCCGCUCCUCCACCGUCAGGACGCUCAUUCCCAAAGUGAACAGUUACGGGACGAGCCUGCCCAAAGAAGUCGUGCUGAGGGACUUUGGCAGACAACAGGUGACCUUUCUCCCUCUGGAGGAGGAUGCAGAAGGACGAGUGUCUCUGAAGGAGGGCAACAUUUAUCAGAUCCAGCUCUGCCAUGAGGACGGCGAGGGAUGGUCCUUGGAGCUGCAUGUCUUGACUCCGGACGCGUGGUUCUCCGAUGGCGUGGCGUACCCCAGGCUGCCCUGGCUGACCUCCGACCUGCUGCCCAAACUGGUGCGUUGGGCCACUGAGUGCAAGAGCAGCGAGUUCAAAAGCACGCUGUCGCUGCUGCCGGUGGAGAAGUACAGCCUCGUGUACCAGCAGCUGAAGGACAAGUACAAGGCCAUGGUCAAGGUUUGGCCCGAGGUGACAGAUCCCGAGAAGUUUGUCUACGAGGAUGUUGCCAUCGCUACGUAUCUCCUGGUGCUGUGGGCAGAGGAGCGGGAAGAGAAGGGCCUCGCUGCCAGACAGUCCUUUGUGGACCUCGGAUGUGGAAAUGGCCUCCUGGUUCACAUACUGACCAGUGAAGGGCAUCCUGGGACGGGCGUCGACGUUCGGAGGCGGAAGAUCUGGGACAUGUACGGAGCCCAGACACUGCUGGAGGAAAAGGCAAUUACUCCCGGGGAGAGCUCCUUAUUCCCGGGCGCAGACUGGCUGAUUGGGAACCACUCGGACGAGCUCACACCGUGGAUCCCCAUUAUAGCAGCCAGGUCGUCUUACUCCUGUCGGUACUUCGUCCUCCCCUGCUGUUUCUUUGACUUCUAUGGAAAAUACCAGCGACGCCAGUGCAAGAAGUCUCAGUAUAAAGAAUACAUCGAUUUCAUCGCCGAGGUCAGCCAAGUCAGUGGCUUCAACACUGAGGAGGACUGUCUGAGAAUACCAUCGACCAAACGGGUGUGUCUGGUAGGAAAGUCAAGAAACUACCUGCUAUCCGAUGAGGCCGAGGCAGAGCAACGGCGAGCUCAUUACAUUCAGAGCCGACAGGCCACACCUGGGCUCACAGUUCAAAGGUCAGACAUCAGAAACGAUGGGUACUGUUGCCAUGGGAGCAUUACCAGCGGGAGCAGCUGGGGAGCCGGGUUCCAGCCCCGGGACCGGGUGGAAAUGGUUAGAAACUGCGCCACGCUCCCCCGGGACCUUGUCGACGGUGUUGUCCUGCAGGUCGCCAAGGUUCUUCUGGGAAUGACUGUGGAUGACGGUGGGGGAUGCUCCGCUGACUGGAACCGAGGAGGCAGCCUCUCUGUGAGCGAGGUGGCCGGGCUGCUGGAGCAGGAAACCCUGCAGCUCCUGAAGAAGGAGUGCGGAGGCCUUCAGACGCUGCUCAAGAACAACCAUCAGGUCUUCAGAGGAGAGCCCUUCUUCACCCACUGCACCUCCUCCGACACCUCCCCCCUUGACCUUCCCAAUCACCUGAGCUCCUCCGACCCGGGUGACUGCUCAGAGAUAAGGGUGUCACGGGCUCUUCAGCUGUCACACCUGGUGCCUCCUUGGCAUUGUGCGAACUGUCCUCCGAGCCGGCGGAGGGAGAGAAAGAGAGGAGAGGGGGAAGUUCAAUAUCCACUUCGUAGUGGAGUCCAGAAAGAAAAUGCUGAAGCAGGAGACUCUCAGGUAUGUCGUCGCACACCGAGCAGUGUGGAGGAGGCCCAUCUGUCACAGCGCUGCUCAUCCUUCAAAACAGCAUCCCAAGCUGUCAUUCACUGGCGACUGGUGACGGUAAAACCCACUGGCAGAAGAAAUCGCAGCCUACAAAGUCACCUUGUAUCGAGCCCAGCGACUUCCAAUGGAUCAUCCGACCCCGUCCCUUCUGGGAAAGGAAAAACAUGACGGGGCCGGCGGCCGACGGGCAGCAGAGCGAAGAAGAGAGGAAGAGACUGCGCUGGUUCCUGCGUCUGGAUGACGUGUCCUCAGUGGACGGAUGUGUCUCUCCGGUUCGGAGACUCGACCGCUGCACAUUAUUGCCAUGUUCCGUGUUGACCGCGUUAGGCUACUUUGCGGUGUCGUGUCAGUCACUGAAUAUUGAUGCACUUUGUCUAAACCUCUCAGCGCUACGGUAGUCAAAGGAGCCAAAGGCAACUGACAUGUACGCCACGCUAUGAAAGGACAGGGCUGGUGAUAUUCCACUUAAAUCUUUUUUUUUUUUUUUUAAAUCAACGAGAUCAGUGAAAAGAUAAAAACAUACUUUUUUCCUUCUGUAUUGUCAGAAUUCCCCAGCAUGCCCGUCGCUCUUACCCCCACAUUUUUAGAUAUACUCUAUGCUAAGCAGAAAGGAGUUAACAGUGGAUUUUUUUUGGGGGGGGGGGGCUAUUUUUAAUAAAUACAAGUUUGGCGAACUAGUAAUUGUAGCAUCAGUACAGUGAAAGUAGGCUUGGCCCUAUCAUGUUGAUGGUGACGAAGAAUCUUGUUGCAGCAACAGGGCGGCUCACUGGUGGGCUUUCAAUAAUCCCUGGACAAAUCACCAACAGUCAAAUCAAAAAUUUGAAUGUAUAAUUUAUUGUAAGAACAGGUGCGGCAGCCUUUUUUCUUUUUUUUUUUUUUAAAGUUCCUGGGUCUUGCAAAAACAUUUUAGCUGUGACACGUUUAUUUAAUUUUUUUUAUCAAAUCCAAACUUGUCAGGCGUAUUCAACAGGUGAACUCACAGGAGGCAGGGAUGAUGGGAGUUUGAAGAUUCAGGUCACAACGUCACGUCAGGUGAUUUGAAUCCAAAUGUUACACAUCAGCCUGGUCAGCCGCUCAUACGCGGUCUUACCCUUUAUGAAGUGACGAGACGGAAACAAGGUUUUGACGACACCUGCCUCAGACCGUGUUGUUCCUAAAGCUGCGGCUGUCUCGGUGAUAAAGUAAUAAACGCAUCUGUAAUUGUCCUCGAGCCCUUCGAAAGAAUAUUGAGUAUUACAGCAUAACAGCAAAUAUCUCAAAUAAACUUUUCCAAAUAUACAUUAGCUGCAUGAAUUUCAUUCAUAUCAAGUUACAAAACAUAAAUAUUGUCUGUUGUUGAGUGGCAGCUGAGGUGAAAUGGACGAACAGAGGGACGAACGCCGACACACUUGUUCGUAGCAGGGUGACAUCAUUUCUGGGUUUGGUCUUUUCGUGGGUUUUUGCUCACUGCAAAAAAAAAAAAAGAAAAGAAAAGAAAAAAAGUAGAAUAUCACCAGACUUUUUCUUUACAGUUGUGCGUACAGGUGUAACUGAAUGUGCUAGAGAUAGCCCACUCUUACCUGAAAUGCUUCUGUUUUGCUGUGCUGUGUUCUGCCAGUCGACUGGAGAAAAAAAUGCUUCUAUGGAUAUUUACAUGACGUUAUUAUGUACUUUGCACUGUACAGGAACAACGUUUUGUCCAUAGACGGAGAGGGAAGCAACGUGCCGUAGCAUAUAGGGAAGCUUUCCAAGUGCUUUUGAAACACACUGUUUUCGUGCCAGUGCCAGAUUUAAACAUGUGACUUUUUGUUCAGCUCUUCUCUACUUUAACCAGAAUAGCUGCUUUUAUUACUAUUUAAAAAGUCAAAUAAAUCGGUUUUCUUUGGACGUAUUUUCUGCACAUGUAUACUUUUCCUCCUGUGAGGCACUUGCUGUUCUUUGACAGUGUGAUUAGCUAUUAGUGGAAUAUGUGCAAUAAGGCCUGUCACUUAUAAAGCUAUUAAAAACAUUUGUGAUUUCACAGUAA